UAUCUACUCUGAAAACACGCUCCGUCCUGCACUACCCAGUAACACACCUCCUCCGCUCACGCACACUGUCACAAACACGCACACACGCACACAUUCGCACGCACACACGCGCGCACAUACCCAAUCCAGCAACAAUGCCCUUUCCACUCCUAUUUACCCUAUCAACCAGCACUCGGCACGAAAUCAUCAGCUUACGCGACUUCCCACCGAGCUUUUCAGAACUCAAAGCUACCAUCGCGAGAACUAUACCCACAUCCCCUAACUGCGCCGAGUUCAUGGCCAAGUACGCGAAGAAACCCGAUGGCGGCGAUGAUGCCGACGUGGUGGGCGAUAUCAAGGUGCGCUGGAGCACGGUUGGGAGGGACAGCAGGAUUUGGCCGGCGGCAACGCUAAUGACAGAGGAGAAUUGUGAAGCCUUGUUGAGGCUGAUGGAUAACGGGAAGGAUGUUCUGGAGGUUGGUUAUGGGGAGAAGAAGGAAUAGGAGGAGAGUGGAAAACGACUUUGCAAAGCGGCGCAGUAUUUGUACGGGUUUUGUUGAUCUUUAAGCGUUCGGCUUGCGUGUAGUGGGAUUGCAGGCUCCUUUCCUUCUCAUACGAGCGAGUACAAUUUGAACAUCCAAGUGUCAUUGGAGAAUUUUAGUCGCUGGUAUGGACCGUCAUACCUUCGCCUAGACGUAGCAUACAUUGCAAAAUACGCAAAACACCAACCAAAUCUUCGGCGCUCUGUAGACCAUACCCAGCUUGCCAACAGUGUCGUCA